AUGGACGCAGGUGUUAUGCAGGACAUUGACGUUUAUCCUGCUGGUAACGACAAGACCUUUGAAACAUUCUUCGACCAAACUACAGACUACUCUCAGCAACUAUCAUCCAUCAGCUUCUGGGACGAACUAGAUAGGUCAGCCGAAUCAAGUGUAGUGAACUCGGUCCCGACUUCAGGCUCCCAUCAGACUCCCAGCACUUCCGCUGACUCGCCAGCCUCGACUGCCUCUCAGAACCUCUCUACUAUCUCGCAUAAGCAUAAGCUUGCUGGACAGGAGCUACCUAAGAAACGCCAGUGCUCUGAUAUCCGAAGGUCAAAGUUCACUGAGAACCCAUCCACUCUUGACUGUUCCGAUUACUGGCUUCGCUUUGAUAGCGACAACGAAAGUGACCCUCUCUUUGAGAACCGAGACAGCAGAACCGGCAAAUCCCCGAUUUUAGCUCAACCUCGUCCUAGGUCAAGGAUUGUCGGAAGAUCCGGCAACAACUUCAAAGUGGCUUAUCCGCCGUCGUCAACUGCUGAUCUGGUCGACGAUAGCGCUCUUGAUCACGCGCUGUCGGACGAAGACGACCUCUUCUCUAUGGCUUUGGCUGACCAACUAACUAAGAACGACUCUGCCCCCAUCCCAUCAGAAGUACCACCCCGCGAGAGACUCUACUCUACCCCGCUAAGCUGGGAGCCUCCUCAGCCAGGAUUUCGCAUGGACUACGUGAACGUUAACCCCCCUUUCAACGACCCCGAGCGCCAGAGACUACUGGCCAUUGCUAUGGGAACUGGGCAAGUCCCCCAGCAACAAAUGCCUCCAAGGCAAGCCCCCGGAAUGGACUUCAGGUUUGAAGUCAACCAAAGCCCGACUACGAUGAGCGAUAGCAAGAGCAACACACCCGAGCCCCGCGUUAAGCCAGCCGCAGCACGACCCCAAGCGCCUACGCGGAAUAACUCGAUUGAUGCUACCGAGAAGGCUAAGGAGAAGCCCAGAAAUAGUGACCGGGCGGCACAUAAUGAUAUCGAACGAAAGUAUCGUACCAAUCUGAAGGACAAGAUCGCUGAACUACGAGACGCUAUUCCGUCGUUGCGCGCGAUACCUGAAGAUGGAGACGACAAUGAGAACGGUGGCGUAUCGAGAACAGCACCCAAAGUUAGCAAGGGAACUGUCUUAACAAAGGCCACCGAAUAUAUUCACCAACUCGAGCGAAGGAAUCGGUCGAUGGCACAAAAGAAUGAAGAACUCGCUCGCCGGCUGCAUGCCUUUGAACAAUUAGUAGGCGCCGCACCCGCACCAAAUUGGGCACCUCAAGGAUAUGGCGCUUCUGUCUUCAACCCUAGGGCCUUUUCUUAA